AUGGUUAGUACACAUUGUUUUAUUCAUAGGCAAGCUUUGGCUUCCAAAACAUUGCCACAGAAAUUACGCCAGGCUUUGGACUCGGCUAUAAGGAUUGUAAACUACAUCAAGAGCAGCGCUUUGAACAGUCGGUUAUUUACUUUACUUUGCGAGGAUCUUGAUUCUGAUCACAAAGUUCUUCUGUUCUAUACAGAAGUACGCUGGCUGUCCAAAGGAAAAAUGUUGGCUCGCCUUUAUGAAUUGAAAGAAGAGGUAAUUCUUUUUCUUGAGUUCAAAGAAAAACACGAUUUGCUCACAAUGUUCAAAGAUGACACAUUUCAAUGUAUGUUGGCUUAUUUAACUGACAUAUUUGGUGCCUUGAAUGAGCUAAACUUGAAACUUCAGGGCAGAAACGGCACUAUAAUAAGCAAUUAUGAUUAUAUUCAGGGGUUCAUAGCAAAGCUUCAACUUUGGAACAAAAAAUUGUCUUCUGAAUAUGUUAUAUCUUUUUCUCGGCUGUUCGAAGCAAUCAAAAAUAACAAACUAGACGCAAAUUUGAAAGCUGACAUAAAAACUCAUUUACAAGCGCUGGAAGACGAAUUUCGCCGAUACCAUCGAGACAUCGAUUCAGAGUCACCAAUAUGGCACAUGACAAGAAAUCCAUUUGUUGUCGCUGUGUUACAAUUACCAGAAGAAGUUCAGGAAGAAUUUCUAGAAAUGAAAGCUGAUUCGUCCAUGACAGAUGACUUCCAUCUUUUGACAUUGGAGAAAUUUUGGAUCAAAAGAUUGCCUGUUAAUUCGAAACUUGCCUCUCUUGCUUUACGAGUACCAAUUCCUUUUUCUUCAACUUACUUGUAA